AUGAAAUACAAAACUUAAAAGAAUAUCACUUGUGCGCUGAUCACACUUACAGCUAUUUUGCUAUCAGCCACCAUUGUAGUUAAUUUCUAUAUGUCUGAUUAAGUUACUUCAACAAUAAAUAGCAUUUCUUAACUUACAGGCACCAAUGUGAAAGUUUGGGGUGAUUAUCCUGGCUACAAUGAUUUACAAUUAAAUAAGACAAUAAAAUUCUUCUCAAUUGAUGUUCCUUCAGAUACAACUGUUUAAAAUAUGCCUCCUGGGUUGAAUUGCAAUAAAGUGAACUUGAAAGAUGGUAAUGCCUACAGUUAUUAGCACAAUAUCGUUUUCAAGAAUAUUACACUUCAAACUGGGUCAGGUGGAUACGCUACUUACUAUAAAAAUGAAAGCUUAACUGAACCAGUUGACUAACUUGCCAAAUCUCAAAAUGAACUUUUGAUGACUGUUAAUUAGGGUAUGCUUUAAGGCUAUUAUGAAGAAAUAUAUGCUCCUAUUGCAAGAAAAAUGCCUCUCUAUUUAUACAACUUGAAGAAAUAGAUGAUGGAUACUCUUCCUACUUAUUAUGCUAAAAUGAUGCAAAUUUUCAACAUCGGAAGUUAAAAGUACACUUAUAAAGUUGUUUUCAACCCUUUGAAGAUCUAGCCUUAAAUUAUCGAUAAGUUGUGGGAAGAUGAUUAAUAUGGUUGGAAAAACAAAUAAACUUUAGCUAAGUGGGUCUCUAUUGUACUCAGCCAGUAAUAUGCUAACCACCCAAAUUUCAAGGCCAUUUAAAACUACUUUUAAUUAAGAGAUGAUUAAAUGUUAGGUUUGGCAGGUAAAUCUUCAAUGCUUAACAAACUAUCAUGGCUCCUUAAUGGUACUAUUUCUGAUGCCGUUUAUGAAUAUGGUGCUUCUGCAUGUCAAGGUAUUGGUACUUAUUGCAGUAACUCUGAAUUAGUCAGCUCUUAAUGGGCUUAAGGUAUUUUAACAAGAAAACAAAUCUUUAAAUAUGAUAAGAAUCCUAAAACCUUCAGUUUCGAUUUUAAUUCUUUGAAUUCAACUAUUCCUACUUAUGCUGAACUUGGUAUUUAUUCUCCUUCUCCUAUUAAUGCUAAUGAUGGUAUGAACCUUCUUUAAAUAAAUGAAGCAACUGGAGAUAUGUGGUCUCCUCUUACCGUUGGUAAGACAUACACCUUAAUUAGUUACUACAAUAUGGCCAAUUUAUAUAAUAACAAGGACAAUUAUGGCCUCAUUAACUUUAACUUAAAACUGUACAACAUUAAUAAGGUUCCUUCAUUAGUCCUUUAUUUGAAUAACCUUGAAAAUAACCUUAUUUUGAAGAACGAUACCUAUCCUGGAUUAGGUAGCUAGGAAACUGUUACCUCAGCUUGGUUUAUGUACAGAGGUUUUACUGAUAUCUUCAAUAUCUUCUCUGAUGUAUUAAUUGGUAACCUAUACAGUAGAGCUGCCUAUAAUUAUUUAUCUCGUAAAAGCACUAAGUGUGAAUCUCUUUUCUAAGAUGAAGUUGUUUUACCUAUGUUAAAAAUGUGUACCGAAAGAGGUUUACAAUAAUACAAUGUUGUUAGAAGCUUUAGCGCUAACUUGCCCUUUAUUUAUGCAUUCAUAGGCAAUUAAAACAGCUAAGAUUUUAAGAAUCUUCUAACCUACUUCUAACUCUAGGAUUACUAGUUAGCAUUCUUUUUAUAUAAUACAGAGAAAUCCCCUUAUGCUAAAUUGUUAAGUCAACUCCAAACUGAUAUCCAGACUUAAUAUAAAUGUCUUUCUAUCUGCACAUAAUAUGAGUUAGGUAGAAAAUAAUGGUUCUUUGGUGAUGUAACAAAUAACCUCCCAACUAAAUACUUCAACCCUGAAGAAAACGUUCCUUCCAUUAAAUAUUGGGAUUCUCAAAACAAACUUCCAUAAAAGCUCUUACCUGAAAUUUACACAUACACAUAAACUGCUUACCAAAAAAAUAUAACUUUCACUCCUGAAAGUAUUUAAAAUUUGUUAGAUACAAAUCUUGGAUCCAUCUUGACCUGGUCAUCAAUUCAUGAUUUGAUCUUACAAAUCACUAAGAACGAUGAAUCUGAUAUUUACCAUGAUUUCAAGCUUUCUAUGGAAGAUGCUAAGAUUAUAUUGGAUUAUCUUAAGCACAUAGUUGUUGAGGAAAUUUUUGGCGGAAUGUAUAUUUAAAAAACUUCACAAGAAUUACUUUGGGGUUACUAAGAUUUAUACUUGAUGAAAAAAGCAAGCUGGAAGUAAGUCGAUGGUGGCUAACCUUGGAUUGACUAAAAGAGAAAGCUUUUGCAAUUAAACAACUGGUAAUAAGCAGCAAACUUAUAAUCUACUUAGGUAUACUGGGUAAACACAGGUCUUGAAUAAAUGUCAAAUGUCAAUAAUAUUCAAAAAAUUCUAGGAAGCACUCAAUUAUAUCAAUACUACACCGUUUGGUCUGCUGAUAGCACAAACACUAAUAGCAUCCAAAGUAUUGCUCUUCCUUAUUACUUAAAUCAAACAAUUUCUGGUAGUCUUGGAUUUGGUUUCAAGACAAAAAUAGAGGAUGGUGAUUCCCUUACAUUAGUGAAUGAAAAGUAUGGCAGAAUAUAGAAAUUAUCUCAAGGAUCUAAGACCACUCACAACUCAUAAGAAGUUUACAAAUAUACAUAUGAACCAAGCAAAUCAGAAUCUCAAAAAUUCUAUGAUACUAUUUAAGGCAUGAUGAAUGUUACUUCUGCUGCUGGAAAUGGUCUUUUCGUUUCAGACUUAUAUUUCAAGAAUGUUAAUUAAACUUUAAUAGAUAAUAUUAAGCUUAAUGGAUAACCCAUGUUCCAGUCACCUUAAGCUUAAUCUACUUCUGAUGAUGAUGCUACUUCUUACUAUCUAGUAGAACCUGAUUCAGGCAAAACUGUUAAGUUGGCAUAAAAUGAACAACAUAAUUUACUCUUCACUAAUAAUUUGUUAUUCGAUAAGUAUCAUGUCUAAGAUCAAUGCUUCGUACCAUAUAACUGGGAUCUUUACAAUAUGGACUACAAUGAAUCUUUGAUAACUAAUAAAUUCGCAACUUUGAAUUCUUAAAACACAACAAAGAAAGCCCUUUUAAUUACUUUCAUAGUUUUAACUUCACUCAGCUUUAUUGGAGCAUGUGUUUCAUUCUAUUUUGCUUUCAAAAGAAGAAAAGCUAUCCGUGAUGGCUUGGCUCACCCAGAUUCCCGUAAAAAUUCUGGAGAAUAAAUUCAUUAAGUAUCUGAAUUCGAUUAAAUGUAAGAGAACGAUACCUCCGUAUAUAGAACUCAUAAUUCUAAUAAUAUAAAUGGAAAUACUGUUAACAAUGAGUCUCAAGCUUGA